ACUGAGGAAGCAUCGUCAAGUUGGUCGAAAAUGAUCUGUGCUACACUUAACAUUACCUACCUAAUAACGCCUAUAAGCCAGCUGGAACAGUAAUGGUCUGACUAGGGCUUGUGAUAUUUUUAAUAACUAGGGUGCAUUAUGAUGAUGAUUUUUUAUUCGCAGGGUGCAUUUUGUUAGGGCCUAUAAACUCAGGUAAAGGUAUUUUUAGCCAAUGCUUUUUCUAACUUCUUCGCAAGCUGGUCCAUGGUCUGUUUUAUUUAAACAAGUACCAAAAAGACCCGAGCAGAGAGGGUAAAUGUUGGGUAGAGGGCAUUCAUAGAACCAUUCUUUUGGGAUUUUAACAUUAUUUUCAACCAACAAACCUAUUAAGUUUUGUUGACUUCCGUUUUAUAUUACCUGCCCAGAAAUGAUUGGUUGGCAUUGGCAACCGUUUUAGGCGACGGGAGUUCUAGCUCGCUAACGCUAGUUACAUCUUGUUGGCUGACUAAAGAAAGCGAAAGGAAGCCGGAUCUAAAGACAGCUAUCCAACAGAGGAUAAAGAAGAUUCAUAUUCUCUCAACCCCCGGACUAUUCAUUAGAAAGGAGCAAGAGACAGACUGCACACAGAAUGAGCUCAUCUGCUCCCAGGAUGGUGAACAACUACAAGCGGACUUCCAGUCCUCGGUCUCCUACAAACAGUGGGGAGCUCUUCACUCCAGCGCAUGAGGAGAAUGUGCGCUUCAUCCAUGACACCUGGCAGUGUGUGCUCAGAGACAUCCGGUCACCACAGAGCAGUGAACGCAAAGACCGUGGACCACAGGAGUAUGUGGAAAAGAACCCAAAUCCCAACUUAAAUUCUUUCACACCAGUUGACCUGAGUGACCUCAAGAAACGCAACACACAGGACUCCAAGAAGUCCUAGUCUUUCUCUUUAUAGUCAAAAGCUUUUUUUCUGCACCAAUUAUCCUUGAGAACUUUCUCCUCCUCUGUCAGCCAGCAAGUCAACCUUUUGGCCAUUCCUGCCCAGAAUGCCGGUCCUCUUUCUGCCCACCUGGACUAACAGCCUGCCCAUUCAACACCAGUGGGCUGAUGUCCUAACAACCACAAUAUUUUUGGAGUUCCUUAUCCCCCCCAGUCCCCCCCCCCCCCCCCUCUUUCUCUGUCCAGGCUGGAUAUUUUCUUACCCUACCUCUCAUCUGGUUGACGUGGAAUGCAAGAAAGCUGGCAUUUGAUUUCCAGGGAUUCUCUCUUCUGGUUCUUGGUUUUACAGCCAUGAAUUUUUCAUUUUCACUCUUUUUAUGUGAAUGGGACGGAUGCAGAGUUUCAAUGAAAUAUGCUGACAUCCUAAUGCCGAAGUACAGACUGUGUACAAAUUCUUCAUGGGACACUUUAAAGGACUGCAGUCUUAAAUAUAAACUGUUUUCUUUUCAAUCUACAAAGGAUAAUGCUGAAGGGCUGGCAUUCUUUUUUUGGAAGAUAGUUGAAUUGUAGAUAUAUUGGAAUAGAAUCCGAUUGUAUGGGCGAGUUUUGGAAACCAAAAAUUGUUUAGGAUAAAUGCCAGCAUUUUUAAUCUAAUUUCAUGCCCCUAAAAUGGACUUCAAGUAGACAUCUCCACAUUGACUUCCCAGCCUUGGAAAAAAAUAUUGAAUAAAAUACUUUUACAAUA